AUGAACUCGUACGGGAAGAGCUGGUCGAGGCCGACAUCGAUGAACUCGCACAGGCACACUGACUCUGCACACCUAUGCUCCACGUGGCAUGCCGCAUCGUGGUCCGAUCUCCUGUGGCGCCACCUCACCCAAUGCAUUUGGAAAGCUGGCGUCCUCCUCCGCGACACCUGGUGGGACGAGUACAUCCACCGCCACUGGACCGCCAACAACUUCCGGCUAAGCCCCGCUGCCUACACCCCUCUCUACUUCAAUCCAGCAACAAACAACGAGAACAACGACGGCCUCGCCUGCGGCCGCCUGGCCACCGGAUUCACCAACGGGGCGGUCCACCUGUACCGCCUCCCGAAUGGGGCCCACCUCUCGGCCUUCCACCUGCCGCCUCGCCAGGAGUACAGGCUCAGCCGGUUCUCGAGCGCCGUGGCCGGGAUCGUGCUCGCGGACGAUGAUGCGCGUGUCGUUUUCGCCACGCUGGACGGCGACGUCCACGUGGCGAACCCGUUGAAAGAAGAUGCAGAUGGUUGGAAUAAUGUUGUUGUCCAAUUUCUUGAGACUAAUGGGGUAGUUUAUGAGGAUAACUAUGGGGUUCGCGAUCCAGAGGACCAUAAUUGUAACCGAUAUCUUCGCUUUAGGAGGCGGAAUCAGAAGUAUUUGAGGGUCAAGAUGAUUCCAGACACCGACGAAGAGCUCCAAGAGAUGCCGGUGGAGUCAAUUAGGGAGGCAAUUAAUGAGGAACUAGCUUCUAUUCGGAUCGUAUUCACUGCAAAAGAGAUUGAUUUGGUUGAAUGGAAAGGAGACAUACUUGCCGUUGGCCUGACCGAAAAGGACAUGGCGAAAGACGAAAAUUCAAAAUUUAAGAAUCCAAUCCUCCAAAAGCUCGAUACACAUUUAGGGGGAUUGCUCUCAGAAACUUCAUCUGAGGAGGAUUUUACUGGGAAAUCCGGGCACUUGACACUUCUUAGGCUUCCUGGCUUUUGUGGUGGCUACAAUAUCAAGACGGGACCUGGUUGUUCUAUUGAACUCAUGAAGUUUGAUAUGGGCGGCCCAGCUGCAGUGUUAGGCGCAGCAAAAGCUCUUGGUCAGAUCAAGCCUGCUGGAGUAGAGGUUCACUUCAUUGUUGCUACUUGUGAAAAUAUGAUAAGUGGAACGGGUAUGAGACCUGGAGACGUCAUUACUUCGUCGAAUGGGAAGACGAUUGAGAUUGUUGAUCUGGCUACACUGACUGGAGCCUGUGUUGUUGCUCUUGGGCCUUCUAUUGCUGAACACCGCAUCGUCGAUCUGGGGCGCAGACUACUUCCCACGCCCUAUCGCAAGCCGUCCACCGGCCACGAUCAGCACCCGUCGAGGGAUGUGAAGUGGCGAUCGUCCGAUCUGUAUGGCCAAGUCUUCUUUCAUAUGGCGGUGGAUGUCGGCCGGAGAUUUGGCUUCGCUUCUUCCUUCUGCUUCAUAUGGCCAAGUCUUCUGCCUCUAAAUGUUGUCGGCGGCUACCCACGCCUUCAAUCGAGCCGUCGAGCCACGGUCCCUGCCAACCACGGACAGUUUAUCUCGGUCGUCGCUGUCGAUUUUGGAUUGAGUUGUGUGGAUGAAAAGAGUGUUUUUACGCCAAGCGAUGAGCUAGCAAAAGACGUACUUGGAGCCUCGGAGGUUAGUGGAGAAAAGCUAUGGAGGUUGCCAUUGGAGGAAAGUUACUGGGAAUCAAUGAAAUCAGGAGUGGCUGAUAUGGUCAACACAGGUGGCCGUCAAGGUGGGGCAAUUACAGCUGCUCUUUUCCUGAAGCAGUUUGUGGAUGAGAAGGUGCAGUGGAUGCACAUAGACUUGGCUGGCCCAGUUUGGAACGACAAAAAGAAAAACGCAACUGGAUUUGGAGGAAACGGAGCAUGUGUGGGAAAAGCUAAACGAUUAUCAAGACAAAGCAAGAUUAACUUGGUCAAGAUCUCGCACAAGAUUGGUUUUGUGGAGAAGGCGAAGAAGACGAAGACGAAGAGGCUGAGCGAGGUCAAAACGCCCGAGGCCGUGAAGAAGAGGAAAAUCAUGACAGAGGAGAAGAAGAAGAAGAAGAAGAAGAAGAAGAAGAAGAAGAAGGAGAAUAAUAAGGUGAGCCCCACGGCAAGGGCCGGCUGGACUCCGUCGGCGAAGAUAGCAAGUCAU